GCACAACACCAUACGGGCGGUGGCAUACGACCGAUCAGUGCAUUCAAGGCACUACUAGCCCACCAGUGGCACGUCUUCUGGUCGUCGCGUAGGCCAGGGCGACUUGUGCACCCCUCUGGUCGUCGAAACGCCGGAAGCUGCGACACUCGUCGUUUUCCUCUCGACGACAGCUCUUCAGACGGAUUCCUUCGCUCUGGCGCCCUCACGGAAUGCACAGCAGCCUGUAGCACACAUCAGUGGCGCUUCCUUGACGCACACCCCAGCACAGUGAGCCUCUCGUGUCGAGAGGCGCAUGCUCCUGGCCCUCUGUCGAGAUCGUCUACCUAUAGCGCUGCUUGUGACAGUAACAUCGCUGUCUGUAGCAGUAGGAGCCAUGGCCAAUACAACAACGCCAGGGCUGGCGAGCCUGAGCAAUACCUCAGCUGCUCAGGGACCUCAAGUGAAUAUCAAAGCGCUCGGCGGCAAGCUCGCCGUACUCGGGCAUUUCAGUGGCAUACAACUGUUCACGCCAAGUAAGACUGAUGCCGCAGGUCAAGCUAUCGGUUGGGCAUCGAACGGCGCAUCGACAUUCUUCAGCCGGACGACCGAUGGAGCGCUCACUCCACUAGGCUCUACGGACGCGCAGGGCAGCAUCAACACUAUCUGUACCUUUCCGAGCUCAGGACUCGUCGUUCUGGCGGGUCAUUUCGAGCAGAUACAAGGCGUUCCAGCGCUUAGCAUAGCAUCGUAUGAUCCCUCGACAAACGCGUUCUCAGCGCUCGGGACGGGCAUUGACGAUCCGAACGGCAGCGUGCUCACGCUUUACUGCGAUGAUGAGCAUCAGAUAGUUUAUGCAGGUGGUCAAUUUGCAUCACCUGGCGCGAGUAGCAAUAUUGCCGCAUGGACUUUCAACACCUCGACUUGGAGCGCUUUGCAAGGCUUGCCGACAGGGCUUUUCGAUGGGCAGGUCAAGAGCAUAUCGCCCUUCAUAGAUGGCACCUCACUGCUCAUAGGCGGCAAUUUCAGCGUGCCCUACGGGCCAGACUCGACGGCCACGAAAAUAAUAAGCCCGGAUGGCACUCCGCUCGUGCCUACAAUAAGCUCAGGGACGGGUUCUAGCUCUGCUACCAUUCCGAGUAUGUCUGGCAGCAGUUCUCCAGCCGGGCACAGUCAACCAGCUGGCAAUAAUGCAGCAUCGUCGACGUACGGUGGCGCAGCGAAUGCGCCUAGCGCGUCACCGGCGGCAGGUGGCACAUCUUCAAUCGGUGCUGAGCCCGCAAGCUCGUCCCAGAGCCCCAUCGCGUCCCUGGGCUCGUCUCUUGCGCCGGUAUCGAUUGCAUGCUCAGAGAUCUCCGGCGGACCCCCAACAGGCCAGACUGGCUUCUCGGAUCCAAACGCAAUAUCCUGUCCUGCUGGCGUCGAUGGUCCUGGCUCGACAUGGCUGCUUGCAGACGGCAGUCCUGGCAUGCUCACUGUAAGACUGCCCCAGACGGUCCAGGCUGGCGGACUCAGGCUAGGCAACACCUUCUUGGAGGGCCGCGGUCUUACCCAAUUCUCUGUCAUAGCGCUACCGAGCAGUCAAACUCUCACGCUGACUUACAACAGUGUACCGUCUGACCCCAAUUCGACGACCGAGACCUGCAACACCUCUUGUCCACUAGCGCACGACGCGUCGUUACCUUAUCAAGACUUCCUCUUUCCGCCAGGCACAGCCAUCUCUGGCUUUCAGCUCAAUAUGCAAGGCUGGGCAGGCCCCGGCGCAGGUCUGCAUCUAUUGCAGCUUCUCAGUACUGGCUCCGACGUCUACGCGUCUGGCAUACAAAGUUGGACCUGCUCGACGGGUAUUGGCGCUCAACGCGCAUCUUCAGACGUUCAGCUCAACACUGAUCUGACUCUCAGCAACCAUAUGAACAUUGCAGCGGACGAAUUGGCAGCAUUACCUUCAGCUGAGCUUGUCAUGACGCCCUACGUUGCUCAAUCGGGCAAUUAUGACCUCACCAUCAACGCGCCUCCCUGUGCUGCGUUGGGCCACUGUGAUCAUGCAGCCGUAACAAUUGCGGUUAUCAGCACAGCGACAGGCCACACGCUUGCGACGCAAUCCAUCUUAUUGCAGCCCCAAGCAAAGCUUUGGAAAGUCUAUUCUGGCUUUCUACGCACCAAUGAGAACGCAAAGCCGAUCUCAGUCGUUCUCAGGCCACAGUAUUCAGGUUCGCUCGUCAAAAGAGAUUUGAGAUCUGCUCUCAGCGCAACCAGUCUACACCUGAUGGCAGUAACGCCUAACGGAAGCUCAGCAAAUGCUGUCGGCUUGGCUCUAUUCCAGUAUGAUACAAGCAACGGCGUUCAAUCAGCGGACGGCGCUGUCAGUCAAUCGACACCAUUCGAUGAUAUCGGACUUGCAAUAAGCGCGGGGGCCAGCAUCACCAGUAUCGUGGUCGCAGAUGACAAUAAGCAUAUCUUGCUCGCUGGAGACUUUGUCUAUACCAACGCGUCAUCAGCCGCAAGCGAAUCAAUUUUAGUACUGUCUGCGAAUGCAGGUCCCAGUAGCAGCGACAGUGGGCUUCAAGGCUCAGUCGACAGCAUCGUCGCCUAUGCCGGCCAAGUCUUUGCCGCUGGUCAAUUCACUCAAACCUUCUCUGGCGCUCCAAGCAAUCUCGACGGUCUUGCGCAACGAGCCUACGCUUCUGAUUCUGAUGUCUGGGCCCCUUUGCCGUCAGGCGGUCCAUCGACUGCGCCUACCCUGCUAGCCAUCAGCUCCGAUGGACACGAGGCAGCAAUACUAGUCGCAAGCUCCGGUGCGCUGUCGAGCUUCAGUCCUGUUUCGGGCACAUGGAGCUCGGUGCACGCAUUGCUGCUCGGCAAUGUCACAGCAAUGUCUAGCAUGUCUACUGAUGCCUUUGACAAAUCAUCGCCCACUUAUCUUGCCGGCUCUAUCCGAGCAGCUUCGCAGAGCUCUGCAUCUCAGUCGGCAUUUCUCGAACAAACAUCGCAGGGGCGCAAUCAGCUCCUGCCGAUUGAAUCUUUGGGUCUGUCAGCAGCUACGAGCAGUCACGUCAAUGCGCUAGAGACGCUCGUCACACGCGCGCAGACUUUGAAGCAUUCUGUGCGCGCCUUCUCGCGUGAGCUCUUUGGCCACACCAGAAAUCUGCGCGCACGUGCCAGUAUACCCAGUGCACCAAUUCCAGCCAGUUUGUUCUCGAAUGUCAGCGCACCAGAAGUCGCUGCAGCUGUCUUCUGGUCUAAUCACUCGCAUGAGACGAUGAUCCUGGGCGGGGACUUUAUUGCGCAAGAUGGAUCAGUCAGUCUGCUAGCGUUCGACAUCCACACCAAUGCGAGUACUUCUUUUGGGCAAGCUAUUGUGGGAUCAGUCCGCUCGUUAAGCAUCACAGAGAAUUUACUUUACGUUGGUGGCGACUUUCACAAUGACGCAACAGGAAGUCAAGGCUUCUCAGCAUACGAGCUAAAUACGCUGCAAUGGUCUCCAAUGGCGCAAGCCUUACAGCCGUACGAUGCUUCGGACGUCAUCGUCAAUGCCGUGUCAUACAAUCCGCGAGAUCAGUCGACUGUGCUUGUCGGCGGUCUCUUCGAAUCAGCAGGCGCAAUGCCUUGCUAUAGCAUCUGCUCAUGGGACGAAAAUGCGAAGCAGUGGUCCAGCAUGCGCAACGGACUUCAGGGCUACGUGAGCGAUAUUGCUUGGGCGGUCAGCGGCAAGGAUGCCGUAGCGUAUGUUGUCGGAUCCUUCACGCUGAAUACAACAAGCAACAUCGCCCAGUGGGAUGCGCAGGCGGCCGAUUGGGCAAAUAUGCCACCUUCGGACCUGCCCGGACCAGCUUCAGCUGUUACGGUCGACGACUACCAGGUCGGCAAAGUCUUUAUUGCAGGCGCCUCGAGCGACGACGCGUUGCCCUACCUGUCCUUCUUCAACGGGCAAUCAUUCUUGUCUAUCGCAACGCCAUUCAGCAAUGGCGGCGUCAUCCAGCAUAUGUCUGUCCUGCCGAUGUCGAGCUUACACGAAAGCAACGGUCUGCUCGAGCAGGAUCGAAUGCUGUUUGUGACAGGAUACCUUCCCUCAGCAUUUGGCAAUCUUAGCGCUGCCCUCUUUGAUGGAGAUCAGUGGUACCCAUAUCUUCAAACGACCACAAGCGAUGGCACAAUUGGCGCCAUAGCGUCGCUCUCAUUUCCAGCGCCGCUUGAUUCACUCUUUUCGCAUCAUCGUUUGUCGGAUGCAGCCAUUAUUGCUAUCUCAAUCGCUAUUUCCCUUGGCGUCAUCAUGGCCGGCGUGUCCUUCAUCCUUGGCAUCCUUGCAUUGAUCACGAGCAGACAACGCAAGCAAGCGCAAAAGCACAAGGCUCUCCGUGACGCUGAUAUGAGCAAAAGUCCAGUGGUGAUAGCAUCGAUGAAGGCGAUGGCGGCGCAGGCGAUCGCAAGCGGCAAGGAGGAUAAUGAGAGCUGUGCCAGCUCGAUCAUGACAGCUGAGCCGGACGAAGCCGUCCGGCAAACAAGCGCAGAGGAAGACAGCCCGCCGGUCGUUAUGCAUGCGCGGUGCGCAUUUGACGCAGAAGUACCUGGCGAGCUGUCCCUAGCAGAAGGCGAGGAGGUCAUCGUCCUUCAGGGACAAGCCAACGAGCAGUGGGUUUACGUCGCUUCGGACACGGGCAAUGGCAUUGUACCUAGAAACCACCUGUUGUGAUAUCUUUAAUCGAUCUGUUGAACGUCUGCGCAGGUCUGCUGCAUCGAACGCUGCCUCUCAGCCAGAAUGUUCUCGCCAGUCGUGCAGAGUAUGGAUUCGACAGUCAGAACGGAUUGGUCGAGAGUCGCGUCGGCAGCAUGCUGAAUAUCAAACGACAGACCCUUCGCGAUGCGAUUCGCAUCUUGGUCGCAACGCAGCAUGGCUUUCGUCCAGC